AUGAGCUCACGACUCGGGCGCUACCGGCGAUCCUGCGAUCGGUGCCACGACCAGAAGCUGCGCUGCAGACGGGACGACGGUGCGGCCGUCUGCGAGCGAUGCGUCCGCGCCAAGAGCAAGUGCACCUUUACCGCCAUCACGCGCGCGAAACCGCCCGUGCCGGCGUUUGUGCACUCGGGCUACGCCGACAUGGUCGCGGCGCCUGCGAUGAUGCCGCAGACGGAUUGUGAGUACACGCCGACUUCACCACCUGUCAAUGCUGCCGCUGCUGCGACGUCUCGAGAUCAAGAGCCCGCCUCGUUCGACUUUCUGCUUCAGCUGUCCGCUGCCUCCUCCUGUCCGCCCCCGGGCUCGGCCGAGAUGGAGUGGGAUGACUUUCUCGACCCGACGGCGAGCGCGCAGAGCACCAUCACCGACGACAGGACGCUCGCCGGCGCGACGACGGCCUACGAGUUCUCCCCGCUGACCGAGGCCGACCUGCACGCCAAGCCGUUUGCGCCGGCAUCAUCACCGCCUCGCUGCGACCCCGAUACCGAGACUCGACGGAGGAGCGAUUCCGCGCUCGACGAUCCGACGACGACGACGACGACUUGCUCCGGUUCCGAUUCCCGCCUCGCCGCGGAGCGCCUCGUCCCCGUGCUGUCCACGCUCAGCAUGGAGCUCCACGAGUUCGCCCUGACCAUCCCGUCGGUCGGGUCGUGCGUUGACGCGCGGGGGCGGUACACGCCGCUGGACAACCGUGAGGUGGCGCUCGACCGCAUGCUCAAGCUGUCGCAGCGCUUCAUCGAGAUUCUCAACCAGCUGCACGACGCUGUGCGGGCGACCUCUCCCAGACACGAGAGUGGCGGCUACUCGAGAUCCAGCCUGUCUCAACCCUACGCGGGCACUUCCACCCCGGUCUCGGUAGUAAUAGACCAACCAGGCGAGCUACUGCUCCUGUCCUGCUACACGCGCAUCGUGCUGACGUACCACUCUUUUCUCGAGCACGUCGAGGAGUGCGCCAAGGUGCACAUGCGCGUGCCGGACUACUCGCGGGGAGGAGGAGGAGGAGGAGGAGGAGGAGGACAGAAGUACACGCUGCCGUCGCUGAGGGUCGGCAGCUUCACCAUGGAGUCGACCACGUCGAUGCACGUCUCGCUCCUGGUGCACAUGAUCGAGGCCAUGAUGACGCGCGCGCGGGCGCUGAUGCAGGGGGUCCUACGCGUGUGCGCCGCGGCACCGCCCGGGAUGGGGACGAGGCAGUGGGAUGACGCCGGCGCGCGGCCUGAGCAGUCGGCCGCGCAGUCGGCGCUGGACGGGUUCCGGCCGCAGGAGGAGCGCACGCUGGACCUACUGACGCAAAUCCGGCGGGUCCUGUUCGACGUGGCCAAGGCCUGCUGGCACGCUCGAUUCAUGGUGAGUCGCGUACAUGCCGGUCAAGGCGGACCCGGUGCGGUUAACCGACAGCGGCAUCUCGGCUCUGACGGCCUUUCCGUAUGGGCCGUGCACCGUGCCCUUGUUGGUGGUGAAGACGACGUCGAUGUUCUUAAUGUACUCGUCCGCCGCCAGCUUGAUAACCUGCUCCUCCUCCUGAAUAUAGUUCUUAUGAAUGCACUCGCCAUACCGCCUUAG